UCAACAAGCUUGACGUUAUAGUAUAUUAAAAUUCUACCGUCACUGAAAACUACAGCUGGGUUGCUAUUAUUGCGUGAGACGUGGACGGUGACGGCCAAAAGGAUCUACCGGCUUAAAGUCGUGAAUAUUACCGUACUACGGUACGAGAAAUGGGCCCCAGAUGGUGAGAAGAAAAUAAGGCUAUUACAAGUAAAAAAACUAGCCUCGGCUUGAAACAGGAUCAGCGCAAAAUCAUGAAAUCCGUAUGUCCAUUAUGGACGCAAAAAUGCCGAGAAAGACAGAGAGAGACAAGAUAAAGACAAAUUAUGUAUGCAAGCUUUUCUACUAUAUGCAUGGAGAGAACAGUCACGCGGUGUGUGAAUCAUUUGGCCCGUGUCACAUAUAUCUGCUCUGUCAUUGCUUGUCGUUCACUGUUAUUUAGAGGAACCUUGAUAAGCAUUAAUAAUUAAUUAACGUAUGUAUAUUUUUAUGACUAAUUACUUAGUUACCAGGUUACAGUUUCUAGAGCUAUAAACAAUAUUUGCAAGAGUUCUAACCAAAUUUUAUAAUAUUCAUUAUAGACAUACCGUGCUUUUCACCUCAAAGGGUAUAAAGGUCGAACCACUUAACUUUAAUUUUAAAGACGAACUAUGUAAUCAUUUUUUAAUUAUGUACUCACAAUUUAUAUCAACACGAAGGUUUGUGCAGCAUGAAAACUUCGUCGCCAUUUCAUCUUUUGAACUGUUGACGUCACUCGCGGAAAACGUUCGCGUACACAUCAACACUUCGCGGAACCAUAUCCAGUCUGCCACGUUGUUAAUGGUUGGCUAUUUGAUUGUUAUUGUUAUGAUAGUGGUAUCGCGCCGUUGUCGCGUGCCUACCCUUAUCUCGGGUCGCAGGUCGCCGCUAUAAGAGUCGGGUGCGCAGGCGUCUUGUCACAUUUCGUUUUGCUUCGCACUAAAUGCGACGACGCAGUUUUUUACACACUCUCAAAAUCAAGUGAUUAUUUUUCCCUCCAAGAUGCCGUGGACGAGCACUAACAGAAUUUAUGCGAAACCCUCGAACACCAGCGGAGGUGAAGGUCCGCUGUAUAGUCAGAGCGGGAUGCAGCCCGCGCUGACGGCCGCAGCCGACAGUGGCGGCCGGUUCGAGUUCAGCGAUCACGGCUACGGCAAGAGCUCCGUGAAACUUCUCCACGUCCAUCGCGAUGGCGACUACCACACCAUCCGCGAGUUCGAAGUCUCCACGGAACUCAAGCUCUCCUCAGAAUCUGCUUACGUAAUUGGAGACAACAAAGAAGUCGUCGCCACUGACUCCCAGAAGAACACCGUGUACCUCCUUGCCAAAAAGCAUGGAGUUAAAACACCUGAAGAAUUUGGAGCAGUGGUUGUCAACCAUUUCUUGUAUACCUACAGGCAGAUUGCUGAGGCGAGGUGCCGCGUGGUCGAGUACCCAUGGGAGAGGCUCCAAGCAGGAGCGCCCCACAAUCACGCAUUCGUGUUUUCACCAACUGCAACUAGAUGGUGUUUAGUGUCACAAGCUCGACACGAAGCUGUGGUGGUGAAGUCCGGCCUAAGCGGUCUGCGAGUGUUGAAGACUACGCAAUCGGCGUUCGUAGACUUUGUGCAAGAUGAAUACACCACGCUAGCGGACGCCGCCGAAAGAAUUUUCAGUACGGUAGUGGAGGCAGAGUGGACAUACGACAGCAUGCGGUCAGCGGACUUCGACAACGCAUGGCUGACAGUCAAGGAUGCCAUUCUUGACAAGUUCGCUGGGCCACCAGACGUCGGCGUCUAUUCGCCGUCAGUUCAGCACACCCUGUAUCAAGCUGAGAAAACUGUGCUGGAGAAAGUAGCUGAGAUCUCAUGGAUCAAGAUGACGAUGCCAAACAAGCAUUACCUGAACAUCGACAUGUCCAAGUUCCCUGCCAACGUGACGAAGGGCGACCCCCGGCAUCACAUCUACCAGCCCAUAGACAAACCCGCGGGCCUCAUUUAUGCCCAGCUACGGCGCAAGCCGAAAAGCCACUUGUGACGUAACGUGGACGCGUAGCGGCGUAGAGCCCGCUACGAUGCAACCUUACCAAUACUGCCACGUCAGUUGUUUAACCCUUUUCCAGGCCGCACCAAUCUACAAGGUCAUCCCAAAAAAUCCAAAUAUAUACCAAUUAAUCCGGCUUUGAUGAUUCAUUUGAAGACAAGUAACAUUUCCUGAAAGUGUAAUCUAAUUUAAACCUUAAAUCGGAAUGCUAAAGUUGAAAUUAUAAUGGCGCGUAUGUGGUCGAUAAAUCGUACUAUGCCUGGUAAAGGGUUUACUGUUUUGCACUUGUUGCCUGUUUUGUCACACGGUUCCUACUUUUUAUAAGAAACUGAACUUGUUAAGGUGUGGCUUGGUCUACGUACCUAUAAUUUACGUAAUGUCUUAGCUGCAUUCGGGUUUGUCGAAUAUGUUGCGAAUUGUGGACGUUUGUUAUGCACCCUUUUAGUUACACAUGUAUUUAUUAAAACCAAACUUUAGAACGAUAUUUUAUGUGGGUCUGAAAAAAAAAUUAAGUCGUUUUAAAAAACGAAAAAUAAAAAAGGGUUUUUGAAAUCGUUAUAUAUCACUUUUUGUAUAUUGGUAUAUCUGUAUGAAUGUUAACUAAGUUAUAAGGAGAGGAAAAUUGAGGUUAAUUGGAGUUUGUAAAGUGCAUUUUACUUGCGAAUAUUGUAUUAAUGUUGUUGACAAUGUUGACUGUAAUUAGCUAAUUAGGUAUAUUCUAGUCUUAAGUUAUGUUUCUUUUCUCUCUUGUAUUGUUUGUUAAUCCCUGUAUGAAGUACAAAUAAAUAUUUUUUAAGCAUUUUAUAUAUUAUUUUCUGUAUUGAUAAAUAGUGAUCAAUAAUUUCGUUCCAUUUUCAUGUUAAAAAUCAAGUCAAAGAAAUAGAGGAAUAGGUAAAGCUAAUUUCAACUCAAAUUAUUAUUAUAUUACAUAACUGGUGACCAAAGAGCUGGCGGCUUCCUCGCACAGCGUAUCAGUAUUGCGAUACAACGAGGAAAUGCCGCCGGCAUCCUUGGUACAAUGCCUCAAGGGCCUAUUUUAGAUAUAAGGUAGUUAUAGUAAUCAUCUGUAUAUAUCCAAUAUUGUUAUUAUACUACCUAAUAUAAAUUUCAGUAAA